GGGAAUCGAACCGCUAAUCCUCCGGUUAGGAAACGACCCGCUCUACCUCCUGAGCCACAGCCGCCCCCAUGCUUGGUAAAUACAGGUGCAACGAGACUCAGUGGGACCAAAUAAGAACCGUCAACAUGGGAUUUACCUUUUUAUUGUCCUAUACCUUCGCCCCCCACAAACAGUUAGAAAGAAUACAGGAAACGAUGCUGAUAUAACGGAUUCACAUUGUAACUGAUGGUGUUGCGCUAUGAGCUGUCGGGGGACUAGCUUAUCUUGAGUUGUGUAAUGGUUUUACACUUACAGCGCACGCUGCAGUGAAACCUCUCCAUGGAUGGUAGUUAAUUGGGCCCAGUGAUGUAGAACCAAAUCCACCUGGAUCAAAUGUUCCUUACUCUCGUGACAAACCUCUCCUGUGACCAUUGCGCAUUUCAAUUGAUUUUAUUCCCAGAGCUUUUUGACCUUCGCUGAUUAUUAAUUUAGCUGAUUUUCCAAUGAAUGUUUGCCUCUAACUUCACUCCGAUUGUGACCAACAAUGGGACAUUUAACUUAUACCAGACAUUUACUGCGCCUCAUCUCUGGGACUAAAUAGUUUCCUGACAUUAUUCUUCAGUGAACAAAACUUUUCCCGCAGUGUUGAAUUGUUUAGGCACAUUCUGUUGCUGCCUCCCAUUCUCCACGAUGUCCAGAUCAAACAGUGUCAGCCCACCCGGACUCGGUGCGCCUGGGCUGAGGGGAGGGACCGAGCACAGAUCAGCUUGGGGAGAGUCUGAGACAGUGGCCAACGGAUGCCCAUACUCGACCAGAUCCCCGCGCAAGAAACCCAUCCGUACCAACAGUCGGUGGAGGGAAGAGGAUGAUCUGGACCACCGGCAGCUCGGGCGAGCCUCCACGACCGUCAGCAGGGUCAGCUUCAGGUCCCGGUCGGCUUGGCAGGACCAUGGCGAGGAGAACCGAGACCGCGCGUCCCCUCAACGUCCAGACGGCGAGGUGAGACCCAAAUCUGUGGAGCUGGGUCUUGAGGAGCGGAAAGCCAAGCCGAAGGCCGACGAGGAGGAGGUCAUGCCCGAAGUUAACUUUUCUUUAGUGGCGUGUUGCACCAGCGUCAUGUACAUUUUCAAAUCCAAGAAAUUCCAGUCGGAGAAGUUGGAGCGGCUGUACCAGCGCUACUUUUUCCGUCUCAACCAGAGCAGCUUGACUAUGCUGAUGGCAGUGCUGGUGCUGGUCUUCACGGUCAUGCUGGGCUUCCACUGCUCCGGUGGGACAACGAGGCCGAACGUAUCUUAUGUGGUGAUAUUUUCCUUGGCCAUCUUCCUCACACUCAUACUCAUGGUAGUCUGCAACAGGACCGGGUUUCACCAGGACCAUAUGUGGAUUGUGUGCUAUGUGGUCAUCCUGGUGGUGCUAGUGAUCCAGGUGAUCGGAGUGCUGCUCGUACAGCCCAGAAGUGCCUCAGAGGGGAUUUGGUGGACCGUAUUCUUCAUCCAUGUCAUCUACACUCUGCUGCCCGUCAGGAUGCGCGCCGCAGUCAUUACCGGAGUUAUUCUUUCCGCCAUCCACGUGGCUGUUUCUUGGAUGUUAAAUGGCAUGGACAGCUUUCUGUGGAAACAGAUAGUGUCUAACGUGCUAAUCUUCUCCUGUACCAAUAUUGUGGGGGUUUGCACCCAUUACCCCGCCGAGGGCUCCCAGAGGCAGGCCUUCCGGGAGACCAGGGAAUGCAUCCAGGCUCGCCUGCACUCCCAGAGGGAAAACCAGCAGCAGGAACGUCUCCUGCUCUCAGUGCUUCCUCGCCAUGUUGCCAUGGAGAUGAAAGCGGAUAUAAACGCCAAGCAGGAGGACAUGAUGUUUCAUAAGAUCUACAUCCAGAAGCAUGACAACGUCAGCAUCUUAUUUGCAGACAUUGAGGGUUUCACCAGUCUGGCAUCCCAGUGCACAGCGCAGGAGUUGGUGAUGACUCUCAAUGAACUUUUCGCUCGCUUUGACAAGCUGGCAGCGGAGAACCACUGUCUACGGAUUAAGAUCCUUGGGGACUGCUACUACUGCGUGUCUGGGCUGCCAGAGGCGAGGGCUGACCAUGCCCACUGCUGUGUGGAGAUGGGUUUGGACAUGAUAGAGGCCAUCUCGCUGGUUCGGGAGGUGACCGGGGUGAAUGUGAACAUGCGUGUGGGCAUCCACAGUGGCAGGGUGCACUGCGGGGUGCUGGGACUCAGGAAGUGGCAGUUUGAUGUCUGGUCCAAUGACGUCACAUUAGCCAAUCAGAUGGAGGCUGGGGGCAAAGCUGGACGUAUCCACAUCACUAAGGCCACUCUGAACUAUCUGAACGGGGACUAUGAUGUGGAGCCGGGUACAGGGGGAGAAAGAAACGUCUACCUGAAGAAGCACAGCAUAGAAACCUACCUCAUUGUGGGCUGCAGUCAGAAAAGGAAAGAGGAGAAGGCGUUGAUAGCCAAAAUGAACCAACAGAGGACCAACUCUGUCACCCACAACAGCGGCCACUGGACUGACCGUCCAUUCUACAACCAUCUGGGUGGAAACCAGGUCUCCAAGGAGAUGAAGAGAAUGGGCUUUGAAGACCCCAAGGACAAACAUUUCAUUUUUAGAAACACACAGGAAAACCUAAACCCAGAGGACGAGGUGGACGAAUUCCUGGGCCGGGCCAUUGACGCGCGCAGCAUCGACCGUCUGCGAUCCGAACACGUCAAGAAGUUCCUGCUCACCUUCAGAGAGCCUGACCUGGAGAAAAAGUACUCCAAACAGGUCGACUCCAGGUUUGGAGCUUACGUGGCCUGCGCCUCCCUCGUCUUUCUCUUCAUCUGCUUCAUCCAGAUUCUAAUUGUGCCACACUCUAGUCUGAUGAUCGGCUUCUUCGUCACCUGUCUCAUUGUCCUGAUGGCCAUCAUGUUUGUCUCAGCUGCUUACUGCUGCUUCUGGCUGUUCCCAGUCCCUCUGCAGUCUCUUUCUAAAAGCAUAGUCCAGUCCAGACUGAACAGCACCCUGGUGGGCGUCUUCACCAUCAUCAUCGUCUUUCUUUCUGCUUUCAUCACUAUUUUCACCUGCCACAGCCAAGACUUGCGGAGCUGCAUCCAAGCAGAGUUCAAUAUCAGUGUGAGCAGUGUUAACGCCUGCCAUGCCCGCUUCCUCAACUACAGCCUGGACACCCAACAGAGCCCCUGUGGAGACGACGCCCUCAUCUGCAGCUUUCCUGAGUACUUCACCUCCUGUGUGCUGCUGAGCCUGCUGGCCUGCUCCGUCUUCCUGCAGGUCAGCUGCAUUGGUAAACUCUUCCUCAUGCUCUUCAUCGAGCUGCUCUACCUUCUUAUUAUGGAGGUGCCUAAAGUGAGUCUCUUCGACAACCAGGACCUGCUCGUCAUGUCCAAUGCCAUCAACACUGAUGAGUACAUGAAUGGAACAAGCAGCUGUGUGGUGGACUCCAAGGUUCCCCUGAAGAUCAUGACCCCAGUGAUCAUCACCGUCUUCGUUCUCGCCCUCUACCUUCAUGCCCAGCAGGUGGAGUCCACAGCCAGGCUUGACUUCCUCUGGAAGCUGCAGGCCACAGAGGAGAAGGAGGAGAUGGAGGAGCUACAGGCCUACAACCGCCGUCUGCUCCACAACAUCCUACCCAAAGACGUGGCCGCCCACUUCCUGCAGCGUGAACGGCGUAACGAUGAGCUCUACUACCAAUCAUGUGAGUGUGUCGCAGUCAUGUUCGCCUCCAUCAGCAACUUCUCUGAGUUCUACGUGGAGCUGGAGGCCAACAACGAGGGAGUGGAGUGUCUGCGGCUUCUCAACGAGAUCAUCGCUGACUUUGACGAGAUUAUCAGUGAGGAUCAGUUCCGUCAACUGGAGAAGAUCAAGACCAUCGGCUCCACCUACAUGGCAGCUUCCGGCCUCAACGACUCCACGUACGACAAGGCCGGGCGCACGCACAUCCGGGCUCUGGCUGAUUAUGCUAUGAGGCUGAUGGACCAGAUGAAAUACAUCAAUGAACACUCUUUUAACAACUUCAAGAUGAAAAUAGGUCUUAACAUCGGCCCUGUGGUUGCCGGGGUGAUCGGGGCCAGAAAGCCUCAGUACGACAUCUGGGGGAACACGGUUAACGUGGCGAGUCGCAUGGACAGCACAGGUGUACCCGAGAGAAUCCAGGUGACCACCGAUCUCUAUCAGGUCCUGAGCUCCUAUAACUACACACUGGAGUACAGAGGUGUGGUCACAGUCAAGGGCAAAGGCGAGAUGAUGACCUAUUUCCUCAUCAGUGGACCCUCCAGCAGUUAACCUACACUGUCAGGCAGACAUGUGGCGGUUAAGCACCUUACCUCCACUACUUACAUAAUGAGCAGCCCGGUGGACCUCUGAUGGUUUAAGGUGGACCAAGACUGACUGAAGCAUCUCUUCUCGGAGCUCCAAACCCUUCUUGAACCUCCUGAGGCCACAGUGAGGAAGGAUGGGAAACUCUUCCCAAAGCUCAGCCUGCAAAGGACACUGAGUGGGAGAGGCCUGGCAAGCCUGAAUCUGAUGUUGAGACCAAAGAUGUCCAAUCAGAGCAUAAAGGCAAACUUCACUAGCUCUGUGGGGUCCUAAAGGAAAAAUGUUCUCUAAGAAACUUAAUUAGCCUCAAUCUGCCAGAUUUUCUGAGGGGUUUGGACAAACCUGCAGGAAGACAAACUGUCAUUUCCACUUUUUCUCUGCCUUUCUC